UAGAAAAUUUAAGGGCCAUCCAGAGUGAAGAAAGCUUCUCUGAUUUAACCCAGAUAGAAUGGGAGCCCAAAAAAAAAGUUCCUUGGCCCCUUAUACCCGAAGGAGUUAUAAAAGCCUCGGAGGAAGAAAAUGACCCCAAGUAUGAGGGUGAUGAAGGAUCAUCUGAUAGUAAUUCUUCUUCUUCUUCACAAUGGAAAACAUCAGAUGACGAUGAGUCCCAAAUAGAAGUUGUAAUAAACAGUAGAUCGACAAGUCUAACCACCCCGAAAGAAGAAACCUUGACCGAAAAGUGGAAGGUUAAUAAGAGUCUUGCAGACCAAGUAAAACAAGAGGAUGCAAUGAUGAAUGAAUUUAUCAAAUGGCUAGAAGAUGACCAGGAAGAAACCUUUGAGCCACAAGCAAUUGAUAUCGGCGCAGAAGGAAUUAGUAUUGAAAAGGAUGAACAGGCAAUAAAUAUAGACAUGCCUAUAUAUAUACCUGUCUUUCUUUUUACUAAGUUAACUCCUAGAAGAUGCCAAAAAUUGGUCUUUGCAGGAAAAACCCAGUGCUUCGAAAAUGAGUUCUUCCUCUACAACCAUCCUAUCCUUAAUAACCAUAUAGCAGCUCGGGAGCUCAAUUUAAGGCAGGCCAUAUAUUGGGUAGAUUUUUAUAGCUAUUCUUUAAUUGCCAAUGACCCAAAUGAAUUACUAAUCCUACAAAACCAGAUGCAAGAUGAAGAAAACUAUGAUCCAAAAAGUUCGAGGGCUGGUAGAUACACUGCCGGUAAUCCGCCAAGCUACCCUUUUUCAAGUACAAAAGGCGCAGAAUGGCAAAAACAGCUUCAUGAUAGAAAGAUUCAGAAUAUUACUGAAUUUGGAAUAGGAGAAAAAGUUUUUGACUGGAAUGUAGUUAAGUUGCGCACAAUGGAAGGUCAAGUCGUAUCAACCCCAAUUAGUACUAGUCUAAUUAAAAAGGAUAUAACCUCUCCAGUCCCUUCUGGUGUUCUUGUAACUCCACCUCAAUUUGUAGCUCUAUCUCCAUUUGAGAAGACCCACGAUCUUAUGGAAAGUGUAAAAGCGACUCUUACUUUUAAUACAUUUAGGCUGCUAUUGAAUAAAGAUCUCCAACAAUUGAUCCUCUAG